AUGACAACGUCGGAACUUGCACCGCCGUCGCAGGCAAGGAGAAGCAAAAGGACUCGAAGACGUCGGCAGGACAAGCCGUCUAUAUCUGCCAGACUGAUUCUCGAUGAUCAUGAAGUGAGGGGCGACGUGGGUAUUCUCUCAGAGGAUCUGUUUACAGAUCUCUUCCCCCACCUGCGUGAUGUCUUGUCCCGUGAAGAUGGCUCCGAAGAUAUUCAUCAUAUUGCCAUCGCCCCCUGGGAGCCGAAUCCAUCCCCAACCGAAACUGCCUGGACCGUAGUGCCGGUGCUAAAGUCCUCCGCUCUGAAGCCCUCGACCGUGCAGUUCUCGCCCUCAUCCCUAUCGCUGCAGAACUUUGCAACUAUCCUCCAGCAAGUUGCGCCAUCGAAGCUCUCGAGUCACAGCCGCAGUGGCAUCGAAAUCCAGAUCCUCGACGUGGUCGCUCUUUCGUUAGACACGGUGUUUGUAAGCCUUGAGAGCGAGUUAACGAAGCGCUUGGAGCAGGGCGAAGGCACAUUCUUUCGGGACCAUCCGAACCACCUCAAGGGAAAGGGCCUCGUUGCCCCCGAGACCCCUGAGGGUCGUCUUAUAGCCUCCUUGCGCGUGGCCUUGGGUAGCCUGAAGGUGCUUCACUCUGGCGACCUUUUCCCUCUCCCUUUGCCUCCACACCCAGUCACCCACGUCCCACCGAAUCCUGGGAAGAUCAUGCUGUGCGAGCCUGUGAGCCAGGGAAUCUUGUCUGAGAAUACCAAAAUUGUAUUGAUGCGAGGAAGAGUACACACUAAACGUAGUCAUGCCGCCCCCACCAUUCCGCCAAACCGGGGCUUGAAUGGAGUCCCUGAGGAUGACGAAGACGAUACUGCCAAUGACCAGUUUUAUUCGGCGGCCGAGGACCGGUACAAAACCGAUGCCGCAACUACCGAGAUAGACUCUGUCACGGAAACCGAAGAGUCAGAGCUUUCUGGUGUGGACCACGACGAUGAUCUGUCGGACGAUUCCAUGGACGACAUGAUCUCUCUACAAGCACCUACACUCCCUACAACAGCAAGUGGCGUAUCAACUAUGCAGCCAGGGACGCCGAUGACAGUUGGCAGGGGAAGAAAAACCAAUGGAAUCGCAACCCCUGCUUCUGUGUUCUCCAACUUCACUGCAACAACCGCUCGUCCUGACAGGCCGCGGGGCCGUCUUUUCAAGGCUCAAGGGCUGGUUCGGCCGAUUCCAGUGGAUCUCCUUCACCCCAAACCGGCUUCUGAGGACGAUGAUGAAGCUAGGAUAUUUGUGGAUAUAUCGUCAUUGUCUAAGAUUGGUUGCUUUUCGGGAGACUGGGUUCGUGUGGAAGCUGCUGAGGAACCCCCCGCCAAUGGUUUUGGUGCAUUCGGUCUUGGAAGCUUCACAUCGCUUGAGCCAACUGAGUCUAACUGGCGUCCUGUAAGGGUUUAUGGUCUCCCGGAGGCCUACUCACAACGUCCGGUGACAAGGAUACCUAGCGCAAAGCACGGCGAGCGCCGGUUAUCUUUCUUUGAAUCUCAGCUCCAAAAACCAACGAGCCCGGCAGCUUACAUCUCCCCCAUCUUGCUGGAAAACCUCGAUAGUCCCUCUUACUUAAGGCUAUCGCCUAUAAAACGAGGGUCCUACCAAGGCAAAGGAACUCUACCCAAGUUUACGAGCGCCUCACGCCCGCCAUAUGCUCGUGAUAUCACGAUUCAACAUGUCCGGUCACCUGUGACCGCUGAGCGGGUGUAUCAGUCGGCAGUUCUGGGAGGUCUUAAGCGAUACUUUGCGCAGAAGAUCCGUCUUGUGAGGACGGGAGACCUCCUCGCUGUGCCUAUUGAUACACAGUUGGGAAAGGCCCUACAAGAGCAACCAAGCGCUAGUAACGGCUCGGAAGUAGACGACGUGAUGACUCUUACCAAGAAUGGGCCGCCUAGAUUUGACGAAGUGGCCUGGUUCAAAGUGGGUCAUAUCCAGAUACAGAAGGCGGAUGUCGAAGACGAUCAAUCUGAAGAUCUUUGGGGAGGAGUUGCAUGCAUUGACAGUUCCUCAGUUGCGAUGCACGGCUCCGGCUUUGCCACUAAUCGAAUCCCUGCAACCAAAGCCAGUACCUGGCCAUAUUAUCUAGGCGUCAAGAAGAUGCCUACAAAGUCACCAAGUCCUUCUGCUCUGUCACUGCCAGAUCAAGAUCAGCGAUUCGUUUCUCCUCUCAGGCGGCGGCUGAGAGAGUUGCUCGCAGCAGCCACCAGCCCCAGAGCAAUUCACCUCAACAUGCCGCCAGUGGCAAUCCUCCUUACCUCCACUCACCGAAAUAUUGGCAAGGCAAAUGUUGCUUCGGAAGCCUGUUCGGACAUUGGGCUGCAUAUGUAUGCAAUUGAUGCAUAUGAUAUACUCAGUGAGGCUGGAACUAGUGGCAGCGAUGUGAAGACAGAAGGACUUUUGAGGACAAGGGCUGAACGAGCGAUGAGCUGCGGUUCCGAUACCACAGCGCUACUGAUCAGGCAUGUCGAGGCGUUGACAGCCGACCGUAUGGUGACUACCAUGAAGGAGAUUUUGCAGGACACUAGGGUCCUGGUUGCGACAACCAGCGAUGUUGACAAGGUGCCCGAUGGUGUCCGCGGUCUGUUUAGUCACGAGCUUGAGAUGGGUGCUCCUGACGAAGCCGAGCGUGAGGGGAUUUUGAGGACUAUCGUUGAGGAUCGCGGUAUCAACCUCGAUCCCGAAGUCGACCUUAACAGCAUUGCUCUGAAGACUGCUGCUUUAGUAGCCGGUGACCUUGUGGACGUUGUGGACCGAGCGCUAAUUGCACAGCGACUUCGACUGGAGCAAAUAUCCUCGAAAACUGAGUCGACAGGUACAGUCGCUACUGUUCGUGACCUCCAAAUAGCAGGCGGCCCCAUGGCCAGAUGUAUCACCAGGGGCGACUUUGACGUGGCAGUUGAAGCCGCACGGAAGAACUUUGCUGGUGCCAUCGGAGCUCCCAAGAUUCCUAAUGUUACCUGGGACGACGUCGGUGGGCUGAACAACGUCAAGGACGCCGUAACAGAGACAAUUCAACUGCCUCUCGAGCGACCCGAACUUUUCGCAAAGGGCAUGAAGAAGCGUUCCGGCAUUCUUUUCUAUGGACCACCCGGAACUGGAAAGACGCUGCUGGCAAAGGCAAUUGCGACAGAAUACAGCCUCAACUUCUUCAGCGUCAAGGGGCCGGAACUACUCAACAUGUACAUCGGAGAGUCGGAAGCCAACGUCAGACGUGUUUUCCAGCGUGCGAGGGACGCCCGGCCGUGUGUUGUCUUCUUCGACGAGUUGGAUUCUGUUGCGCCGAAGCGUGGAAACCAGGGAGACAGCGGCGGUGUUAUGGACCGUAUUGUAUCACAGCUUCUCGCAGAGCUGGAUGGCAUGUCUGGCGGUGAUGAUACCAGUGGCGGCGUCUUCGUUGUCGGUGCUACGAACCGGCCGGAUCUCUUAGAUCCGGCUCUCCUUCGCCCUGGACGCUUCGAUAAGAUGCUUUAUUUAGGAGUUUCAGAUACUCAUGACAAGCAACUCAAGAUCCUUGAAGCGCUUACGAGGAAGUUCACUCUCCACCCCUCCGUCUCCCUCUCGUCGGUUGCCCAGCAGCUACCCUUCACAUACACGGGUGCCGAUUUCUAUGCUCUGUGCAGUGACGCAAUGCUCAAGGCCGUCACGCGGCAAGCCACCUCCGUCGACGCCAAGAUCCGCGAGAUAAACGCAGACCCUGCCGGCGCCGCUCGUCGGCAAGGCCCCAUCUCCACGGCGUACUUCUUCGACCACCACGCCACACCCGAAGAUAUUGCCGUCAUGGUCACCGAAGAGGACUUCCUGGCGGCUAACCGUGAGUUGGUGCCCAGUGUCAGCGCAGGCGAGUUGGCGCAUUACGAGCAGGUUAGAGCCAUGUUUGAGGGCUCGCCUGAUAAGGAUAAACAGCAACAGAGGCCUUCGGCGAAUGGUUUGAGGGCGGUGUCCGCCUCGUCAGUUGUGUCGAAAGCCAGCUCGAAAGGGAAGGGGAAAGCAGUUGCGGGCGGGAUCAAGGGAAAGGGAAAGGCCGUUGCAACGGGCAGCGAUGAUGAGUACGAAUCCGAGGGAGAGAUGACGGUGGUGAAUGGGAAGGGCAAGGGCAAGGGCAAGGCUGUGGCAGGAUUUCAAGAUGGCACGGCUAGUGAUGAUGAGGGAUUAUACUGA